GCCGCCGCCUCGUCGCCCGUGCUGUUGCUUCUGGGGGAGGAAGACGAGGACGAGGAAGGCGGGAGCAGGCGGCGCAGGGGGCUCGGGCGGGUGGAGGAGAAGCCCCGAGGGGGAGCCGAGGAGGAGGAUGACGAAGAGGAAGACGAGGACGAGGAGGUGGUCGUCGAGGUGGUGGACGGCGACGACGACGACGACGAUGGCGAGUUGCGUUUCGUGCCGCUCGGACCCGGUCGUGUGGUCCCCAAGGGCCCGGCCCGGGGCGCCUUGAAGGUGGGGAGUAUUAAGCGGGAAAUGACCUUCACGUUUCAAUCAGAGGACUUAAAACGUGACUCUAGUAAAAAAAUGUCUCAUCACUUGUUCCCUUUGGCCAUGGAAGAAGAUGUGAAAACAGCAGAUACCAAAAAAGCCAACCGAGUCAUCGACCAUGAGAAAGAAAACACUCGAUCCAUUUGUCUCCUUGAGCAAAAACGAAAAGUUGUUUCUUCCAAUAUUGAUGUUCCUCCAGCAAGAAAAUCUUCAGAAGAACUAGACAUGGACAAAGUGACUGCAGCAAUGGUACUAACCAGCUUGUCAACUAGCCCUUUGGUUCGAAGCCCUCCUAUGCGGCCAAAUGAGGGCCUCAGCGGAUCCUGGAAGGAGGGGAGCUGCGUGCCUUCCAGCAGCAGCAGCAGCGGCUACUGGAGCUGGAGUGCCCCCAGUGACCAGUCCAACCCAUCCACGCCGUCGCCACCACUGUCUGCCGACAGCUUCAAACCCUUCCGCAGCCCGGUGCAGCCAGAUGACGGCAUUGACGAGGCCGAGGCCAGCAACCUGCUCUUCGAUGAGCCAAUUCCCAGGAAAAGGAAGAACUCCAUGAAGGUGAUGUUUAAAUGCCUCUGGAAGAACUGUGGCAAGGUGCUGAGCACUGCCGCAGGUAUCCAAAAACACAUCCGGACUAUUCAUCUCGGGCGUGUUGGAGACUCUGACUAUAGUGAUGGAGAAGAAGAUUUCUACUACACUGAGAUCAAGCUCAACACAGACUCCAUGGCAGAUGGACUGAGCAGCCUGGCCCCAGUGUCUCCCUCCCAGUCCCUGGCGUCACCUCCUACUUUCCCCAUCCCUGACUCAAGCCGGACAGAAACUUCUUGUGCCAAAUCUGACACUAAACUGAUGACACCAUUGAGCCGCUCAGCUCCUACUACGCUCUACCUCGUGCAUACUGACCAUGCUUACCAGGCCACACCCCCUGUGACCAUUCCGGGAUCAGCCAAGUUCACCCCUAACGGCAGCAGCUUCAGCAUUUCUUGGCAGUCUCCUCCAGUCACUUUCACAGGCCUUCCAGUGUCACCAACACAUCAUCAUCCAGUGGGCACAGGAGAACAGAGGCAACAUGCCCACACCGUCCUGUCCUCCCCACCCAGAGGGAUGGUCAGCCUGAGGAAGCCCAGGGGAGAGGGCAAAAAGUGCCGGAAGGUGUAUGGGAUGGAGAAUCGGGACAUGUGGUGCACGGCCUGCCGCUGGAAGAAGGCCUGCCAGCGGUUCAUCGACUGAGCCAGCCAUGGGAGCUGUGCCUGAGCUGCUCCUUCGCUCGCCUUCCACCGCAGGUGUUGGAAAGAGUUUCUCCUUCAGAACGGAGGAGGCCCAGGGAAAUCCCUUCCAGGAACUGUCGUGGAAUUACAGCAAAAA